AUGCCAGAGAUCCCUGACCUGGCAAAUCCUGGGCCUCCAAAGUGCCCGCUGGGCCCCUGCCACUUCCACCUGCUCUUGGCUGAAUCCCACCUUGCAGCAAAGGCCACACUGCUGGGCCUGACGUUCCGGGGCUUCAUCCUGAUACUGACUUUCCUGGUCUAUACCUGCUACCACAUGUCCAGAAAGCCCAUCAGCAUUGUCAAGAGUCGUCUGCAUCAGAACUGCUCCGAGCUGAUCGAGCCCACCAAUGACACCCACGUCAAUGACACCACAUGGUGCAGCUGGGCCCCAUUUGACAAGGACAACUACAAGGAGCUGCUGGGGGCUGUGGACAAUGCAUUCCUUGUGGCUUAUGCCAUUGGCAUGUUUAUCAGUGGCAUUUUUGGGGAGCGUCUCCCUAUCCGCUACUUCCUCUCGGCCGGGAUGCUCCUCAGUGGCCUUUUCACCUCACUCCUUGGCCUGGGGUACUUCUGGAACAUCCACAUGCUCUGGUACUUUGUGCUCAUUCAGAUCUGUAACGGGCUCGUGCAGACCACAGGCUGGCCCUCCGUGGUGACCUGUGUGGGCAACUGGUUUGGGAAAGGAAGGCGGGGGCUCAUCAUGGGCAUCUGGAAUUCCCACACAUCUGUGGGCAACAUUCUGGGCUCCCUGAUUGCUGGCAUCUGGGUGAACGGGCAGUGGGGCCUGUCCUUUAUCGUACCUGGUAUUAUCACUGCUGCCAUGGGCAUCUUCAUCUUCCUCUUUCUCAUUGAAUACCCAGAGGACGUGGACUGCAGCCCUCCUCAACAUCACAGUGGUCCGAAGGAGGAUCUGAGCAACCCCGAGGACCCUGUGAAUGGCCUCUCCUCAGACAGAGAGAGCAGCCUGGACACCGGAUGUAACAAGGAACCGAGCGCUCAGCCUGCUGCCAUCAGCUUCCUGGGGGCCCUGCGGAUCCCGGGUGUGAUAGAGUUCUCUUUGUGUUUGCUGUUCGCCAAGCUGGUCAGUUACACCUUUCUUUACUGGCUGCCCCUCUACAUCUUCAACGUGGCUCACUUUAAUGCCAAGGAGGCCGGUGACCUCUCUACACUAUUCGAUGUUGGUGGCAUCAUAGGUGGAGUCAUGGCAGGGUUCAUCUCCGACUACACCAGUGGCAGCGCCACCACCUGCUGCAUCAUGCUUAUCCUGGCCGCACCCAUGAUGUUCCUGUACAACUACAUUGGCCAGAGUGGGAUGACCAGCUCCAUAGUCAUGCUGAUCAUCUGUGGAGGCCUGGUCAACGGCCCGUAUGCCCUCAUCACCACUGCAGUCUCGGCUGACCUGGGCACUCACCAGAGCCUGAAGGGCAAUGCCAAGGCACUUUCCACGGUGUCAGCCAUCAUCGACGGCACCGGCUCCAUAGGUGCAGCCCUGGGGCCUCUUCUGGCUGGGCUCAUUUCUCCCACGGGCUGGAACAAUGUUUUCUACAUGCUCAUCUCAGCUGAUAUGCUGGCCUGCUUGUUCCUCUGCCGGCUGGUGUACAAGGAGAUCCUGGCCUGGAAAGCGUCUUUCAACAGUGGCAGAGGCUCUAGUCUGGCCCUAACCCACCCGCGAUAG